AUGAUUAAGAUUUUUUUAAAAAUAUAGAUAGAGUUAUUUUUAUUUAAAUUUUAAAUGCUUUAUUAAUUGUUAUUGUAAAUAAAUUUUUUCUACCCUUUUUAAUAAAAUUUUAAAUUAAAAAUGAAAAAUGGUCAACGAAGACUAAAUAAAAGACUAGUUAUGUAAAAAAACUUACGACAAUAUUAUUUAUAAAUACAGCAUUAAUAAAUUUAAUUCUAGAAUAUAUAUUUCGGAAAAACUUUUAUGGAAUUGGAGGCGGAAUAAUAUAUAUAGAAUAUUUUGUUUUCAUUUUUAAUGCUUUUUUAAUCCCUUUAUUUUCAUUUAUUAAUUUCUAAGGAAUGCUUAAAAAUAUAAAAAGAAAAAAAUUAAUAAAAAAUUAAUUAUUAACAUAAAAAGAGGCGAAUAAAUUAAUGGAAAAUAAUAAAUUUAAUAUUUUAAAAAAAUAUUCAAUUCUAUUUAAUACUAUGUAUUUUACUUUUUUUAUAGUCCUGUUUUACCUUUUGGUACUUUUUGGUCUUUUAUAGGAGUCUCAUUAUGUUAUAUUAUUGA